AUGCCCGCUACUAUCGACCUUACGGAACAGCUACCGGCAUCAUUACGGCCCCCGACUUUUCCGACACCGGGAGUCCUUGCAAUUGCUGGGUCAGAUUGUUCUGGAGGUGCCGGUGUAGAGGCUGAUAUGAAGACCAUCACCGCAUGUGGGUGCUAUGCCAUGACAUGUAUCACCGCUAUAACUGCCCAAAACUCAAAGGGAGUUCAUGCAGUUUGCCCAACUUCCGAGGAAACUGUUCGAAAAGUCCUCAACUGCUUGAAGGACGAUGAUCUCAACUUGAAAGCCGUUAAGGUAGGCUUAUUACCGGGGACCUCUAUUCAACCUAUGGAAGCUUAUUUGGGGGAAUUAGCAUCUAAAGGGUUUGAAAACGUGGUUCUAGAUCCUGUUUUUGUUGCCAAUAGUGGCGACAGCUUCGGGGAUUCCCAGGCCCCGGCUUUAAUCUCUAUGUUCAAGGACUGCCGUCUAGUGACACCAAAUUUUGCAGAGACUGAGAUCAUCAGAUCAUAUCUUUUGGGUCACGACAAGCUUGAGCAUAUUACUAUCACAAGUAUUGACACGUUGUGUAAAUCUGCCGCUUUCAUUGGCCAAAGAAGUCAUACUAGUGUCCUUUUAAAAGGCGGCCAUAUACCCUUCAAUGCUGAAGGAACAAAGGUUGAUCUUGCUGAUCCUGUAUUAUUAUAUAACAUAUUGUAUGAUGUUAUUGACGAUACGACCACGAUUUUCAGAAGUUACUAUGUGAAAUCUGGAAAUACUCACGGAACUGGAUGUACUAUGUCUUCGUACAUUGCAUCUAGCCUUGCCAAGGGACUAUCGUUGCAGGAAGCUGUUAAACGAGCCAUCGAGUUUGUUGGCGAGGCAAUCAGACGGUCUUUUCCGAAGAAAAAUGGACCAGUCAAUCAUAUUUGGCAACUGAGGGCGAAAGAAGAUCCGAUCAAUGCUCUUCAUUCAUUAGUUUCUGAUCCAGAACUGGGAGUACUUUGGGAAAAGUUCACCUCGCAUGGCUUCUUCCAAUGUCUAAAUAAUGGUACUCUUAGCGAUACAGGUCUUCGGCACUUUUUGGUGCAGGAUUACACCUACUUACAGGUCUUUUUGGCAUGCCACAAGCGACUACUCCAGAUGGCUACUACAGACGAGAGCAAAGCAGUGAUGGCUAAUGCUACAAGAGCAGUGGAAACGGAGUACGCAGGCCAUAUGAAGCUUCUUAGAGAAAAGUAUGGAAUUGUAGAUCCAGAAACUAUCAAACCUUCUGCUGCAUUAGCCAAAUAUGUUGAUUUUAUGGAGAGGCUCCGUACUGGAAACAGCUUUGUCUACCUUGAAACAGCGCUAAUUCCGUGCCAGUUCGGAUUUAAUCAUGCGGUGUCCAAGUUCUACAAGCCUAGUGCUAAGUACGAUACUGAAACAGGCCAAACGGUGAUGGGGGAUUCAUCUUUGGCUGAACCUUGUCGAUCUCUAUACGAGUAUUGGCUACAGGAUGCGGUAUCUCCUCAGUAUCAGAGGGUUUGCUAUUCGCUUCAAAAAGUUUACAACCAUGCUUACAAUGCCGACGGGGGUGUCGAUAAAAAGCACGUUAGAGAGAUCUUUAAGAUUGGAUGUGAGCUUGAGUACGAAUUCUGGGAUGAAUGUUAUAAAGCAUAG